AUGGAACUUAUGGAACAAUCGUACGAAAGCGAACAGUUCUUUAUUUAUUGUGAAUACGCGAAGAAACCGAGGGACUCCUAGAUUUUCUUUUUUGUUUUGCAAGUGAUUAGCAGGAUUGUGUUGUUUGUGAAUUAUAAAGUUAUAGUGUAUUAACGCGAGAAAAAUCGAUGAGAUUGUGUGUACAGUGGUGCGAACAAUAUGUGCAGUGUUGAUUACGAAUGACAUCUGCUAGAAGGAAAACGGAAUUGCAGUAGUUAGAGGACGUGGAUUACACAUCGUACAGGAUGAAUGUGACCGAGACAAUUCCAGUAUCGGCUCAGCCGAUGGAGAAAACGCACAGUCUACUGGAGCCUCUACAGCAGCCAAUGUUCCUGCAGACUCAAACUGCUCAGAUAAUCGCGGGGAUCUUUGUAUGGACCGCGCUGUUUAUCACUUGCCAACAGAUCUACCAGCACCUGCGCUGGUACACAAACCCCUCAGAGCAGCGAUGGAUCGUUCGCAUCCUGUUCAUCGUGCCCAUCUACGGCUGUUACAGCUGGAUCUCGCUGUUAUUCUUCAACGGAGACUCCUACUACGUGUACUUCUUCACAGUCAGGGACUGCUAUGAAGCGUUCGUGAUCUACAGCUUCCUGUCCCUGUGCUACGAGUACCUAGGAGGCGAGGGCAACAUCAUGUCCGAGCUGCGAGGCAGGCCCGUGCGCGCCUCCUGCGUCAACGGCACGUGCUGCCUCGCCGGCGCCACCUACACCAUUGGCUUCCUGCGCUUCUGCAAGCAGGCCACCUUGCAGUUCUGUCUCGUCAAGCCUGUCUGCGCCUUCAUUAUUAUAUUCCUACAGUCGGCAGGGCACUACCAUGACGGCGACUGGAGCCCCAACGGCGGCUACCUGUACAUCACGAUCGUGUACAACUUCUCCGUCAGUCUGGCGCUCUACGGGCUGUUCCUGUUCCUCGGUGCCACCCGUGAGAUGCUCAAGCCGUUCGACCCCGUGCUCAAGUUCUUCACCGUCAAGUCCGUCAUCUUCCUCUCGUUCUGGCAAGGCGUCGCCCUAGCCAUCCUAGAGAAGGCCGAAGUAAUAAUGCCGAUCACGGACGCGAACAACGUGCCCACGACGGCCGGCACGGUGUCGGCCGGCUACCAGAACUUCCUCAUCUGCAUCGAGAUGCUGGCGGCGGCCGUGGCGCUGCGCUACGCCUUCCCGGCCGCCGUGUACGCGCACGCGCACCGCGACCCGCACCGCUCCGUCACCAUGCAGUCCAUCUCCAGCAGCUUGAAGGAGACCAUGAACCCCAAGGACAUAAUGACUGACGCGUUCCACAACUUCCACCCGCAGUACCAGCAGUACACGCAAUACAGCUCCGUGAUGCGCGGGCACGCGGCGGCGCCGGGCGCGCGCGCCGAGGAGGGCGCGACGCUGGCGCCCCGGCCGCCGCCGCAGCGCGUGGCCACCAUCUCGCACACCCCCAACUACCACGAGAAGACCACGCUGCUCAGUUCCGACGACGAGUUCCAGUGAACAUCCUUCGACCCCACCGCGUGGUUGCACGAACGUUCCUUAGUCUGACGUUAGAUGAAGGUCCUUUGUGAUUUGGCGGUAAAUAAUCGGAUUGAAAUGGUGCGGAUGCGAGACUACGUUAUGUUCCCGUGCCCUUUUGGGCUCAUUUAGACGGUGCGAGACUUCGCAUAAUUUACCUAUACAUUGCAAUUAUUCGAUCGGCCUGAAUUGGAACCUCAAUAAUCCGCAAUGUAACUAAAAUUGCUUGCGAGUUCGCGCGCCGUCUAAAUAAGCCGUUAGACAGAAAUACUGCAUCCUGCACCGAUUACUUACUGUAAAGUCGAGAAAAUCCAGUUACGGACGCCUUCAAAAAUCUUUUGUAAAUGUCACUGAACUUAAACUUUUCAUUGAAUUAUAGGUAUCGGCCGUAGACGAAGCUUGUGGUAGACUUGAAAGCGACAAUUUAUGCCGUAUGGGUGAUUUUGUUCUACGGUAUCGUAAAUUUUGUGGUCAACUUAGUCUAACUGCGACUUAUAGUUUGACUGUGAUUUCAAUGGAGGGCUUGAUACUACACUGAGCUACUUUUAUUAUAGGACCAACCUCGAAAUCGCGAAAAUUUUAUUGGUGUUUUCAUACAUUUUGGCUGAUCAGAUUUCGAUGUUUUCUAUGAAAAAACCAAACAUUUUUCGCGAUUUCGGGGUCGAUCCCAUCGUAAAAUUAGCUCGAUUAUAUAUGUAUAGGUCGAGCCCUUCAUUUAAAGCCAUUAUUUUGUCUAUAGAUGUUACCUGAAAUGAUUUUGUUGGACAUUGGACCUUAUUAACGUUUGUGCAACUGCGUAACUGCCAACAGAAUUACUCAAAUGGUGAAAGCAAAAUAUUUUGGUAAGAGCUUGAAUUCAUUUCGAUGUCAAUCUUAAGCUAAAAAUCGGGUGUACUAUAACGCUAAAGCGUUAUACCUACCUACUCUUGUACGAAUUAACUCUGCCGUAAAUAAGGACCUUUAUACCUAUUUAGCACUGAUCAUCAGAAAUAAAGCCACAUUUAGGAUAAUUCAGAGCAAUUUAGAUCUUUUUACAAGUUCUAAGUGUCAUAUAACGUUUAUGUCCCAUUGCUUACUUUUCUAAAAGAGUAAUGUACCAGUUUCUCGAUCAAUAUGUGCUUAAUAAUUGGCUAAAGACUCACUAAGUAUGAAGACUUUUUCAUACUACGUAUUUUAUACGUAAGAAAUAAGAAAUGCUUGCUGUUAAUGGCCAAAUCACUACAAAAAGCUAAUUCAUCAACAUAUCAAGAGAACUUCGUAUGUUAUGGGCAUAAAUAUGAACGGCCAAAGAAUUGUUUUUCAUAUAAUAUGAAAAACUGGGACUAUUGUAUAGUAAUGUCAGUGACGAUUAAAUAUUAAAGACUGCUAACUCCAUAAAAUAAAUUUCCAUCAAAAAGGCGGUUAACUAAAUAAAUAUUUAUGGACACUUGCUCACAUCGACCCAGCCAAAGCUUGAACUAGAAUAAAAAAAAAGAAAAAUGGGACUAUCUUACUUUAAUGCACUGAGUCCUCCCUUUAAACAGAGGUGUUGUACUGUUGAUACUUACACCAUAAUAAAACAUUUGACUGAAACUUCGAAGAAAUAAGAACCGCAACAUUGUAUGGAAAUUAGAAAUCUUUAUUAUUUAGUCGUCUCUAAUAAAUGUGUACCAUUUGCCUUCGAUGUGUUGAUAUGAUAUAUUGUGUUAUAUUAUAUUUAACAAGGAUGAUACCCCGACGACCACGGCUCGAUUAAAAUAUAUAAUGUGUAUAGAUUUGUAAGUAGAAACUGUAAAAUGAUUACAGAAUGUACAGAUAUAGUGUAUUCAUGUAUACAGUGACAUCUUAUAAAACGAGUCCUUCAUAAAAAGCGUCACGUAUAAAUAAACUUGCAGUAUUUUUACUUUUAUUUUUCCAUCAAUAGGGAACUAAUCCAACAGUAUGAUAUUGGUUUUGUGCCCAACGUGCAUGAUGUACGACAAAUGAGAACGAUUCAUACCUAUCUGUGCCCGGUGGGACAAAUAGGAAUUAAUCGUUCACCUGUGCCCGCCUCGUCCUCGUGGGUCGGGGACAAACAAGAAUGCACCCAAAUGUAACUAAUGAAUCCCGACCAUAGUCGACAGAUGGGCACCACUGCGCGACAGUGGCGCCUUCUUGAAAUUAGUUAAACUAUUGCUAGCCAGGCUCCACGAAACGUGACGCUUUUUACGAAUAUCCUGUUGCCUAUGCAGGGUGAAAUCAGAGAAGGGAUCAGAAUUAACAAGACAUGAAGAAUUAAGGGAGAAAGUUAAGUUCUAAUAGUUUUUUUUUUAUUAAUUGUAAAUAGUGAAUAUGAUUAUCUGCUGACUUGGACUGCCUACACUCCGAGAUAGUAUGACAUUCCCAUACAAUUUAUGUUUCAAAUACCGGGACUACUUACCGUGAUUUACAGAGUAAUUUAUUUUUAAUUACAAUUUUAUAAAAUUGAUUAAUUUCCUCAUAGUCUGAAAAGGUGAUUUAUGAUUACAUUUCUGAUGUUACCCUGUAUAAUUAUAGAUUAAUUAAGAAUUCCAUAUGUAUUUUAUUCAUAUUACAUAUAAGUUAAACAGAAAAGUUUUAAGGUAUGAUCUCGUUUAGCACGCUUCUGCACUGCAUUGAUAAAAAAAGUUGCAUUUAAACGUUCAACAUCUACGGAUCAGUUUUGCUAUUCGUUUUUAGACAAAACAUGAAGCGUGCUGUUAAAAUCGGUUCGUAAAAUUCAUAUUAGACUUCUAUUUACGAGUAUGGAUCUGUUAUAAUAAUCCUUAACCAUGACUAAAUAAGCUUCAUAAUGCUUCGCCGUCCAGUUCCAAAAUUGUAAAAGCGGCUAUAGGAGAGCAAAUAUAAUGUAAAUAUAAAUAAAAAAACGAAAAAAGAAACUAUUCAAUAAUAAAUAGGAUUGGUAAGCUUUAUUUAAAGUUGCGUUUUUUCGUAAUAAAAAUAUUCUCAAUCGCGUUGUCUUCACUUUUGUAGUAUGACGACUGUAAUCCAGUGAAUAAGUUUGGGCGAGGACGAAGUACGCAAUUUUUAAUGAAGAUUAGCAGUUUUUAUUAUUCGCUAGUCUUUGAUAUACAUAUAUUUGCUCGACUAUUCCGUGUCGUGUUUCCGAGUUCCUAAAUAUAUAAAAAACAAAGAAGCAGUUGUGUAUGUAUGUAGAUAAUUCAUAGAUUUUCUUUCGCACAGAUUAUACGAAGCUUACAAAUUGAGAUUUGCUUUCCAUGACAAUAACUUUUUAUGUUUAUUUAACUAAGAUUCAAACGAUAAUAUUUAAAACGACGGAAGCAUUUACAUAAGUAUCACACGUAUAUGUUGGUGUUUAAAUAUUUGUGUAGAAAUUAGGAAAUAGGUAGCAAGGAAUUAUUUACCCGUUGACUUAAGUUAGGGCAACAACAGCUAGUGUUGGUUAAGACUCGAGUCCUUUGAGUCCUCUGCUUUGGACUCCGUUUCUGAGGCUCACAUAUUUAAGUCUAAAGUCGUGUUCUUUUCAACUUGUCAAAGACUCGAGUCUUUUAUAGAGACUUGGGUCCUUUUCAGAGAACUCUUAAUUUCUUUCUUUGCUAAAUUUCGAUAUGCAUUGUUUUAAGUAAUAUUCCUGGAAUAGGUACGGUCGCGUUUGAAAAUAUCGACACGGACAAAGUGCCAAAAAUAUGUAUACACUACCCUAAUAUAUGGGCCAUAAAGGCGUGUAUACAUAUUUUUGGCACUUCGAUCGUGUCGAUGUUUUCAGACGUGACUGUACACAAAUCAUACAAUAACACAUCAUUUCUUUACUGUUAUUCUGGUAAAACCUAUAAAAUUGUUGACGGAAUCUUUAUUCGGAGGCUCGAGUCCUUUUGAGUUGCUCUUAAAAAUACUCAAUAAAGGACUCGCCUCGCCUAACAACAGCCGGUCCAGUGUUGGUAGGAACUCGAGUAUUUUGAGUCCAAAUGUGAAGAGCUCGACUCGUUUUUACGCGACUCAGUGCUUUAAAAACUUACGAGUAAAGACUUAAAAGUAAGCCCGAGUCGAAUCCUUUAUUGAGUCUUAUAAGCAAAACUUAAAGGGACGUCUUUUAAGCGCAACUUAACGGACUCGUGCCUUCGGAUAAAGAUUUCGUCAAAAAAAUUUAUGUUUUAUCUAAAUGAACACUAAGGAAGGCUUUAUUAAAUGAUGUGUAACUUACCCUUGAAUUUAAUGUGGAGACAAUUGUUUUCACAAUUUUUUUUACAUAAUUUAAGAGUUAUCUUUAAAGGACUCCAGUCUUUACAGAAGACAUGUCUCGAUAAGAACUCGAGUUUCGACUUAGGGACUAUAUUCUGAAAAACCGAGUCGAGUCUUUCAGCAGAGAGGACUCAAAGGACUUGAGUCUUAACCAACACUAAGUCAGUCUCCUCACUUCGGCUACACAUAUGGAAUUACUUUAAGGCGCAGGGUAGGGCAAGGCAUUCUCUAUACAAACCUUGUGCAAGUUUUAUUCGUUAGUUUUGGCACUAUAGCAUUUAAUUUCAUUUUUUGCUUGUAUAUAUUGGAUAUACGCAUAUAUAAAAAUAACAAUACAAAAAUACAAAAAAAAGAAUACAUCCAAGCCCUAGCUAACAGAAAAAUAAGCAUAUUUACCAAAAAUAAUAACUAGCGCAAACACAAGCGAAGAAAAACGCGCACAAAGUUUGUAUCGAAAGAGCUUGCCCUACCCUUCGCCUUAAAAGACUGAUAUAAGGAAGAGUAUUGGGUUGGAUAUUGUAUAUUCAUUCACAAGGAUCGCUUCCAAUUUCAUUCUAAGGACACGGAGCGCUUAUAUCUUGAUGCCUUAACAAAUUGGAUAAUUAUUUGACAGCCUGUCAAUUUACAAUAGAUUUAUUUUUAUUAAACUCCUAACAUUUGAAGUGAAAGCCUACCUAUAAAUAUAAAUAGCAGGGUACGUAGCCAAGAUACCAAUCUUUUACGCUCUGAGGCGAACGAAAAGCCAAUGUCUAUCGCACUAAUAUGGACGAUUGAUGUAAGAGACUACGCUACGCUAUGGAGCGUAAACGAUUGGCACUGUGGCUAGGCACCCAGUUGUAAGUUAAUUUAUUUAGGUUUUCAACUGUAUUUUUUUCAUAAGGGUCAGUAUACCUAAUCUUGUUUUAACUACAUGCGUUAAUAUACUUAUGUUCACACUAUCACUAACAUUACUUAUUUUCUUUUGUAUUUAAAUAUCCAAUGCUGUUCAAUUCCACCUUUUAUAUUCAACCUAUUGCAAUAUAUUGCCUUAAAGAUAUUUCUGCCUCUACACCUUUCUUUACUUAUAUAUCUGUAUUAUGUACGAACAAUUAAACAUUAAUAUUAAAAUAAUGUUACUUAAUACUUUAGUUGUCAAUGUGUAUAUGUUAACAUAAGACAAUUACGCGUAUUUUAUAAUUUAUUAAAACCAAGUAUAAUUGUAUCCUAGAAUAAAUGACUCCAUAUUUAUUUCAAACAGAAAAAUACCAUAUUGCCUGUUCAACACAAAACCGAGUGAUAUUUUGUAGACAUAUAAUUAAAAUAAAAAAACAUUAUUAUUACUAAUUCCUACUGCGUAGUAAAAACAUUUCAUACGUUUGCAAUAUGUGCGAGCAAGACACAUUGGCUUUUACAACAUAUAUACUUUUAAUUCCUCAUCAUUGUUUAUAUAUAAAGUAUGCAGAAAAUGAUACGUGCCUGUUCUGGCGUUUUACUUUCCAAGUUCGUUUUUUUAACAUGUUUUACUAGCAAUUAAAAUUUGAUUUUAUAUGGAUUUGUUGUACACAUUCCAUUCUGAUAUUUAAUUACCUUAAAAAAUAUAUAAAAGUUCAUUAUAAACUUAGUCAUGGUUUUUGAAUACACAUGUAUUUUACUCUCCCUGUCUUCGGAAUAAAAAGUAGUGUUUAAUUUGGAUGAAAGGCACCAUUUCAGUCUCGGACUAUUGGCUAAACUCCCUCGACUGAAAUGAGUGCCUUUCAUCUCUCGAUUAACGAACUACUAUUUCAUUUGAUGUUUGUGUCAGCAGCUUCUUUAGCCCUUUGAGUGCGAUAAAGGACUCUAAGUAGAUUACUUUUACAUGUUAAAUAUGUAAAAAAAAAGCAUUGAACUGUUUUAGUACCUAUAUUUAAAAUAUUUAGUUUCGAUAAAUCAUUUAAUGAAAUUGUUUAUUUAGAACAGACACUAUAUGUAUUUUUUUAUAUAAAAAAUAAAGUUUCAAGCUUCUUGCCAGUUAGGCUAAUCGACCUGUAAAUACUUACUCGCUAUCAUUUAUUUGUACAUCGAGCAUCGCCCUCCACUCGCCAUUUUACCCGCGCAUUUGUUGCAUUGAGUUGUUAGAUUUUUAUAAAAAAAAUGUAAUGACGCUUAUUUUUCGUAAUUUAUGGUUGUCAAUUAAAGUUAAGUAAGUCGACGUCGACUUCAUUUUUGUGAAUAGGUACUUUACCCCAAUCAUUGAGGAGUAAUAUUGUAUUGAAAAUCCUAUAACCUAUCUGGCCCGAUUGACGUACAUGUCGAAUACAAGCGUUACUUACGGAUAUUUGACAUGCGGUUUUGCAACACAAUUAUGGAAGGUAGAGGUAAGGAUUGCAAUCUCCAUAGGCGGAGCUGAUGCAAAAGUGUCCAGUUGUCAGCUAUAAAUAAUAGCUAAGAACCUAGGCGUUAUUGACGUGCGCUGUCUAUGAUUUGAUUUUUUUUUUCAAGUAUUCUAGGGAUUGCAGCGCCACCUAUUUAAGGUUUUUUGAUGAAACUUUUUGGUAUAUGGAGAUUCCAUUCCUUACCUCCACCUUCCAUAAACACAAUGGGGAAUUACUAAUGAACGUCAACUCCGACAUUGAUUGGUUUAUAAAAUUAUUGUAAGGAAUGGAGACGAUUGAUAGGCCAAUAUUAUCUAGAUGUAAGAAUGCUUCCUUCAUUCCGAAUACAAAUUCAAAUUAUUUUUGUAACUGAAAUAGCAAAUUUGAAGGUGCAAUACGACAGUUCAUAAAGUUUUGUGAAUCAUUGUUGAAUGAAAUUUUAACAGAUAAUGUUAGAUAUAUAAAUUAAAAUGUUUUAGCUCCAGUUUUAAUAUAAGUAAAUAUCUACAUAACAAUAUUGAUAUAUUACGAAA